GGACAAGGGUCACGACUGGCCCCAGCGAGUGGUGACGCUGAGAAAUGGUUCUACUUUUGCAUUGUGUUACCUAAAAAAUAUUCAUCAUGUUAAUUGAUUAUUGUGUGACUUCUUUUUCUUCUCGGGCAUGGAUCCAUCACUUCCUGUUUACAUCUAAUACCCUGUCAACUCAUCGCCAUGACGACAGAGCAAAGUGAACCACAGGAGGCGGAGUCUCUCCCUGAAGCCGGCGCCCACUGCGCACCCAUUCAGGUAGGGGAGGGCAGGGCAUCCCAAUACCAAGGUAGUUUAUUGGCAGACGAGUCAACCGGUCACCUGUCACCGGGCAGUCGAGUCGCUCCCUCCCCGGUCAGGAAUUCUCUGAACUUCAGGACCAUGCAGGCCAAAGUGACCCUGCUGGACGGCACCUUAUUUACCUGCACUGUGGAGAAACGAGCUCGUGGUCUUCAGCUGUUUGAGAAGGUCUGCGAGCAUGUCAACCUCCUGGAGCGGGACUACUUUGCCUUGUCCUUCAGAGACGCAGACAACCACAAGAACUGGUUGGAUCCUGGGAAGGAGAUGAAGAAACAGGUCAGAGGUGUGCCCUGGCACUUCUCCUUCAACGUCAAGUUUUACCCCCCUAACCCUGCCCAGCUCUCUGAGGACAUCACCAGGUACUUCCUGUGUCUGCAGCUCAGACAGGAUAUCGUGUCCAGUCGACUUCCGUGUUCAUUCACAACUCACACUGUCCUCGGCUCCUACACCGUCCAAUCAGAGCUAGGAGACUACGACCCAGAUGAAUGUGGCUCGGACUACGUGAGCGAACUUUGUUUUGCUCCCAACCAAAGCAAGCAAAUGGAGGAGAAGAUCAUGGAGCUACACAAAAGUUACAGAGGAAUGACACCAGCUGAAGCUGAGAUGCAUUUCCUGGAAAACGUGAAGAAACUUUCAAUGUAUGGAGUUGACCUUCAUCAUGCAAGGAUGGUAGGAAGCCGCUUUGAUUGCUUGUCUUCAGGUCGCUCCGAGGACUCGGAGGGCGUGGCCAUCAUGCUGGGUGUGUGCAGUAGUGGCCUGCUUGUCUACAGGGAUCGGCUGAGGAUCAACAGGUUUUCAUGGCCAAAGAUCCUGAAGAUCUCCUACAAAAGAAACAACUUCUACAUCAAGAUACGGCCUGGAGAGUUUGACCAGUUUGAAUCAACGAUUGCUUUCAAGCUGCUAAACCACAGAGCAGCCAAGAGAUUGUGGAAAGUGUGUGUGGAGCAUCACUCCUUCUUCAGGCUUGUCUCUCCAGAAGAACCUCCAAAGCGUUUUCUCACCCUCGGUUCCAAGUUCCGCUACAGCGGCCGUACGCAGAUCCAAAGUCGCAGAGCCAGCGCUCAGAUCUCCAGACCGGCACCCAAUUUCCCACGAUGCAUCAGCAAGAGGAACAUGCUGAGUCGCAGCCUGGAUGGAGCUCCAAGUGCCACGCCCACCUCCUCUCUCAAUGGCUCUCCAGCCAUCACAGCCAAUGGAAACUCACAAACAGACAUGGGCACUGGACUGUACGCAGUGUCUAAAACCAUCACGGCCAGUGACCUCAUCACCACAGUGACCCCUGAGAAGAGGAUGGAGGAGCAGAUGGAUGAAGGAACCAAUCAGACGAGUGCUUUCAGACCAGGUGAAUACAAGUGGCAGACAAGUUUACACCUUCGCUUGGAUCCUUUUUGUCCUUAUCUUGUUGUUGCAGUUGAGGAGGUGCAGGACAGCAUGGAGGUGGAACAAGAGGCGGCACGAGAGGUGGUUCAAGAGGCGGAGAAUGAGGUGGAGCAGGAGGUGAAGCAACAGGACGACGAGGAGGCCAUGAAAGUAAUAGAUGUCCCUCAAAGUCCACUGACUCCCGAGCAACUAGACGACAAUCUAAAAACUACAGAGCUGACAGAGACUGUGGAUGGAGACCUGACAGCCACUGAGUCUGACCAGGAAGACGACUUAAAAAGUGAACAGGAAAUUGUGGCCAGUCCAGAAAAGGUUGAGAAACCCGCAAGUACCAUCAGCGAUCUAAGGCGCUCCUUCUUAGAGGGAGGGGGGCCAGCGGGAGGGCUGACCGAGUGGGAAAAACGUCUGGCGUCGUCGCCUGUUCGACGAGCGGACGACUCGCCCAUGAUUGAGCCCCUGGAGGCAGGAGAGGAGGGCGGGGCCACAGUAAAGCGAGAACCCCCACAGCCAAUCAAAGGGAAGAGCAUCACUCUGGGGCGGAGUUAUGACACCACCUCCGGCAGUGUUGUCGCCAUAACGAACGAUUUUACCGUGAUGAGAACAAGGGGUGAUGACGUCAUCACUGGGGGACAGUCUCUUCUCAUGAGUAGUAAUAAGGCGGAGCCCCGACUCCCCGGGGGUCAAAGCAGAGCGAUGGGAGGUGAAGCCCCUGCUUUUGUGGGUGGAAGCCCCGCCCCUGCACUGAGUCACCUCACCAGCAGGAAGUCACCCUUCAUGGCCAGAGCGCCGAAGCCUCCGCUAAGCGAAAUGUCUCCUGAGCUGACCGCUUUGCUGAAGUCGGCCAGAGAACAAAAAACCUUCAUGGAACACAACCUGAUGAAGACCUCAGAGAGAGUGGAGACCAUCAUGGUGGCGUCAGAGGAAGAGCCGAUGACGGAGCAGCACCAGGUAGUGACGGGGGGUUUCAUGGGUCCGCCUCCUUGUGAGCCCCCACCCCCUCCGCCAGGGGCUUCAGUGAUGCAUGCUGAUGAUGCCAGCGAUUAUAUUGAUCGUCAGUAUAAGUUUGACGAUGCAAGUGAUGAUGAGCCAAGCAGCCAGGCGAGUGAUGACGACCUCAGCCAGGCUAGCCAGGAUGCUAUCAGCGUGUUAGCUCAGGCAGUAGUGGAAGAGGCCAUGGAUACAGCAGCCAGACAGUCUCAAAGCCCCACAGCUGGCAUCACUGAUCCAGAAAGCACUGCACUGCUUAGUCCCACCAUGAGGCCCUGUUCUGUGUUGGGCACUCGGCCGGCUACAAGUCUAUCGCUGCGCUACCAUGACGACGAGGACUCUGAGGAGGUUUCUGAAGAGGAUGAAGGUGGAUGGAGGACUGGCGAAAACUCCCCUUCCCCCACCUCUCCGCGUAGCCCCUGUUCCACCAAUGAGAGGCAGCUUUGCUACCACGCUGACCAAGAUAAGGAUGGUCAGACCUUGCAAGAGGUGGUUCCUGUGUUGAGGAAGACUUUGACGUAUGAAGCUCCAGGGAGGCAAGUGGACUCUGAUCGUCCUGCUGGACUGCUGCUGAGUUCCCAGACCUUCACUGCAGAGACAUCCACCACGUCCAGCACCACUCACAUUACCAAGAUGGUGAAUAGAGGGAUUUCAGAAACUAGGAUUGAGAAGAGGAUUGUCAUUUCCGGAGACACCGAAAUGGACCACGAUCAGGCUCUGGCAGAGGCACUCAGCGAGGCCCGGCGGCAGCAUCCCGAGCUGUCCGUCACACGGGUCGUCAUCCAUAAAGAAACCGAGGUUGACCCCGAUGAUUGAUUAGGGACAUCGCAGGUAAAAAGGUCAAAGGAUGCUGAUUGGCUAAUGCAUGGCAGUGUGGAGAGUUCAAAUUACAAGUGCUAUGCUAACAUCUGCUAGCACCUUUUCACGGUCACCUCCUGGGAAAAAAACACUGGGAGGAGUAAUGUAUCAAGAAAUUCAAGAAAAUUCAACUUAAAACCCCGGAAAUUCUAAAAAGCAGACACUAAAACACUCAAGAGAACACGUGACCUGAAUAAGCUAGCCUUUGCUAACACAGCUUCUCGAAACGAUGCGAAUUAGCAUGCAUUUCUCAUGACUCUUCUGUCUCUUUCAGGACACUUAAAGGCUGCACUGUGGAAGUCGGAGCCAGCAAAUACAUAAAAGAAGCUGAGAAUUUACAAGAUAAACACACAUGUAACCAAAUAGAAUGCAAUGAACAUUAGCUCUCCAUUCUGACCUCACUCUCUCGUAGCAAGCAGACAACCUGACCCGCUGUAGUAUUUGCUCAUCGCAGAAAUGUUUUAUUCUGACAAGGUAGCAUGAUUGCCAGCACUGCAUAGUGGCUAAAAGCUUCGUUUAUUGUGUUAUUUUAUCAUAGAGGCAGGCUACAACACACAACCACAAUGAUGAAAGGAUCAGUGCCACACUAUAAUAAAGGGCUUUGACGCUAACCGCUUUUAGCUAGCUUAAGCUAGUUGCUAGUGAACCAGAAGCUUGUUGAUAUACUGUGACUUACUUGACAAUUACACCAAAAUAUGCUUUUAAAAUGUACUCAUAUUCUCACCAGCCCAUUAUGAUCAACUAAGCAUUAGCAUGCUAAUGUUGAUCCAUAUUUACCAAAAAACACCUAUUGUUCGUUUACUGUACAGAAUUUGGUUUUGGUUGUAACAUACGUAGUUGUACUCUGUCUCUAUGGAAACCUCAUCAUUACUGUAAUACUCGCCUACAGUAUGUACGUCAACAUGUAUUAUUUAUUGUUCAUUAAACAACACUUGCUUUGUCAUGUUAUUUAAGACUGAAGGUUGCUUAAUAAAAUGGCUGACAGUUGUCGUCAUGGUUGUCCCCUAUUUGCCCACAGCUGGGCCCAAUGUCCAAAUUCACAAGCAGCCCAUCAAAUCCUGUGUUUAUGUCUCAAUAUCUGACCAAACUGUGCUAUUCUUAUCAACACAUGUUGUAUCCUUACACUGUUUGGGCCUAUCCACAUGUUUCUCUGAUGAAAACACGCCAGUCCUUAGGGAGGAGCUUUG